UUUGAAAUUGAAUCAGCUUAUCUUCUUGUUCUUCUUCUCUUGCUUUUCACCUUAAACUUGAAGCGGAGAAAGGAUCUCUGAUCUCCUGGUUUCAUAACGCAUCUGGGUUUUGUUUCUUUUUGACACCCCAUUUCAAUUUUUUCAUGUAAAUGCUCAUAGCAAUGGCUGGGUUGGAGGAAUUGAGAAAAAAGCUUGCACCUUUGUUUGAUGCUGAGAAGGGCUUCUCAACAAGUUCAACCUUGGACCCUUGUGAUUCUUACACAAAGCUAUCGGAUGGUGGGACUGUAAACUUGUUGAGUAGAUCAUAUGGUGUGUACAAUAUCAACGAGCUUGGUUUGCAAAAGUCCACAUCUCGGUCUGUACAUGAAACUGAUCACAGUGAGAAAACAUAUAGAUGUGGUUCUCAUGAAAUGAGAAUAUUUGGAGCAAUAGGUAGUGGGGCCAGUAGUGUUGUGCAGAGAGCUAUACAUAUACCAGCACAUAGGAUUCUUGCAUUAAAGAAGAUCAAUAUCUUUGAGAAGGAGAAAAGGCAGCAGCUCCUAACUGAGAUAAGGACAUUAUGUGAAGCACCUUGUUAUCAGGGUCUUGUGGAAUUUCAUGGGGCAUUUUACACUCCAGACUCGGGACAGAUAAGCAUAGCUUUGGAGUACAUGGACGGAGGAUCACUUGCAGAUAUCUUGAAAAAGCGUAGAAGGAUACCUGAACCGAUUCUAUCAUCCAUGUUUCAGAAGCUCCUACAUGGUCUAAGCUAUCUGCAUGGAGUCAGACAUUUAGUUCACAGAGACAUAAAGCCUGCUAACUUACUUGUAAAUCUCAAGGGGGAACCAAAAAUUACUGAUUUUGGUAUUAGUGCUGGCUUAGAGAAUUCAGUGGCAAUGUGUGCUACAUUUGUUGGAACUGUUACAUACAUGUCACCUGAGAGAAUUCGAAAUGAAAGCUAUUCAUAUCCAGCCGAUAUUUGGAGCCUUGGUCUUGCACUCCUUGAGUGCGGGACAGGAGAAUUCCCAUAUACAGCUAAUGAAGGUCCUGUCAAUCUUAUGUUGCAGAUCCUGGAUGAUCCAUCGCCAUCACCAUCAAAGCACAAGCUUUCACCUGAGUUCUGCUCCUUUGUUGAUGCUUGCUUACAGAAGGAUCCAGAUAUUAGGCCAACAGCAGAUCAGCUGCUUUUGCACCCCUUUAUCACCAAGCAUGAAACUGCCAAGGUAGAUUUAGCAGGAUUUGUUCGUAGCGUUUUUGAUCCUACACAAAGAAUGAAGGACUUGGCAGAUAUGUUGACAAUACAUUAUUACUUACUAUUUGAUGGACCUGAUGAUUUGUGGCAACAUACAAAGAGCUUAUAUAACGAAAGCUCAAUUUUCAGUUUUUCUGGGAAACAACAUGGUGGUCCAAACAAUAUAUUUACAACUCUAUCAAGUAUUAGAAGUACAUUAGUUGGUGAAUGGCCUCCUGAUAAGUUGGUGCAUGUGGUUGAGAAGCUUCAAUGCCGUGCUCAUGGUGAAGAUGGAGUUGCAAUCAGGGUGUCAGGGUCCUUCAUAGUUGGGAAUCAGUUCCUGAUAUGUGGAGAUGGCAUUCAAGUAGAAGGUUUGCCAACCUUUAAGGAUCUUGAAAUUGAUAUUUCUAGCAAGAGAAUGGGUACAUUUCAUGAACAAUUCAUAGUUGAACCAACCAGCCUUAUUGGAUGCUAUGCCAUUGUUAAACAAGAACUGUACAUUAACCAGUAAUUUUCUAUAAUGUUACGGUGUCUAUUAGGAUUCAAAACACCAUUACAAC